AUGGUGCCCAGUACUGAUGACACGUCACGCGACCACUGGUCGUUGCGUCUACCGGCUAACGGAGAGCUGCACGCUGCAAGCCUUAUCGUCGCUUAUGUUGAAAACGCGCAAUUAGCGUGGCCUGUGGACAUAACGGUGUCGUUGUCCAGAGACGUGUCGCUGCCGGAGCUUCAAAACGCAAACUUUAUUACCGGUGACUAUGAGGUGUCUCUGGAAUUGGCCAGGAUCCUUCACAUGGACGGGUCAAUGCGCGCACUGCUUGGCUGGACACCGGUCAUCGAGUCACUGGUAAAAGCGUGCAUGGAUGAAACACGCAGUACGAUCAAGGAACUCGCUCGCACAGGCUCGUUGGCUGGCGCUGCGCUAGAGGCGUAUCUAGCAGCACUCGAUGAAAGGUUCGUGUUGCGCAGUUUUCUCGUAGACUACGAGCCAACGGUUGCUGAUCUCUACCUGUUCGCACGGCUUCGAAAUCGCCGAGGGCUCACCGCUGGGCAGCGCGCAAAGCUCGAGCAGCAAGCGGGGAACCCCAAAGGUCACCUGAUGGAUCUGGUAGAGGCGGAACUCUGUGUUCUGCCUGCCGACACUCUCGGGAAAGCGCGCACCAAGUUUGUUCACCUGGCCCGAUGGAUGAACUUCAUGGAGAAUCAGCCAUUUAUAGCAUCUGCGCUGGAACGAGCGGCAGAUGCACUCUCCCAGACGGUAGGCGGGUGGGAUCAGGUGAUGCGUUUGGUUGGAGCAGCUGCCUCUUUUGAUAUCCAGUUGCCGGACGCUCAGUUUGGCCGUGUGGUGACGCGCUUUCCGCCAGAGCCAUCUGGUUACCUGCACAUCGGCCAUGCCAAAGCGCUGCUCCUGAACGACUAUUUUGCACGGAUCUACGGUGGUGAGCUCAUCCUGCGAUUCGAUGAUACCAAUCCCUCGAAAGAGAAAAUGGAGUACGAGGAGAGCAUCCUGGCUGAUUGCGCAGCACUCGACGUUCGGCCUGAUCGCAUCGAAUGGACGAGUGACUACUUCGAUGUGCUCCUGGAGUGGUGCGAAAAGUUUAUUCGAGACGGCAACGCCUACGUAGACCGUACAGAGGUUGCUGUCAUGCGCGAACAGCGUCUGCAUUGCAUUGAGAGCGCCUAUCGCAAUCAGAGCGUUGAGGAAAACCUCCGUUUGUGGAAGGCUAUGAAAGAGGGUCUGCCAGAGGCAUCCGGUUGUUGUGUCCGGGCUAAGAUUGAUAUGCAAUCAAAGAACGCUUCACUCCGUGACCCGGUCAUCUAUCGUAUUGCCGGAGCGCCUGCCGACGCUCAAACCGGUGCUGGAACAGCAGUUUCACACCACCGGACCGGCACCCGGUACCGGGUAUAUCCGUCAUACGACUUUGCAUGUCCGAUUGUGGACUCUCUCGAGGGUGUCACACAUGCCUUGCGUACCAGCGAAUACCAGGAUCGUGAGGCCCAAUAUAUCUGGAUGUGCCAAGCGGCAGGUCUACGCUGCCCUCGAGUCUGGACCUAUUCACGUCUCAGCUUCGUGUAUACGGUAUUGAGCAAACGCAAGUUAACCUGGCUAGUCGAUCACGGCUAUGUGGACGGUUGGGAUGAUCCACGUAUGCCAACGGUGCGCGGCAUCCUGAGGCGUGGCAUGCACGUCAAUGCGCUCCGUGCAUUCAUCCUUUCGCAGGGCCCCAGCCGCAACAUCACCUUCCAGCAGUGGGACAAGAUAUGGACAACAAAUAAGCGGGUAAUCGAUCCGAUAGCCCCUCGGCAUACAGCGAUUGCACGUCACGAGCACUGGGCUGCGACGCUCACGGGACUGGAGUCGUUGCCGGACUGGCACCAGCGCGCUGAUUCGGAGCCACUCCUGCGGAGUGUUCCACGUCACAAGAAGAACCCCGAGCUGGGCACCAAGGUGCUGGUACUUGGAACUAGCAUCAUUCUGGAACCCGACGAUGCUGAAUCGCUCACCAUCGGUGAGAUCGUGACGCUCAUGGAUCUUGGCAACGCUCGCGUUGAGGAAGUGGAUCGCCCAGCUAGGCGGCUAUCGCUACGUUUCAUGCCCGAAGAUAGGGAUUUCAAGAAGACCAAGAAACUGACAUGGUUAACGAUGGAUCCGGAGCUCGUUCUCGCAGAGCUCGUUCGUUACGGGUACGUAUUGAACAAGGAAAAACUCGAAGAAGGCGACGAACUUGCCACGUACGCCGUUCCCAACGAGGUUUCCAAACGAAUCACUCCCGUCUGGGCCGAUAUCAAUACUCGUUUGCUCUCGGUGGGUUCGGUGAUUCAGUUUGAACGCCGCGGCUACUACCGCUGUGACCAAAUGUGGCUGCGUGAAGGCGAUGUGAUGCAGUUUAUCGAGAUUCCAGAUGGACGAACGGAGCAGCCACAAGUUCAGCAACGCAACGGCCUCGGCAAUUAG